AUGUUACAGCUCUCGCGAACAUCGGAUUUCCGAGCUGACGCACGGAGACUCCAUGUCGUGCAAACUCUCCCUUUCCCCCGUUUCCCCCAUCCCCCUUAUCUUCCCUCGCACAUCUUUCCUAGCUCUCGCCAGAUCUCCCCUCUCUCUCCCCCCAUCUCCCCACGCUCUCCCGUUUCUCAUACUCAUGUCCUCACGCAGCUCUCAUCUUCUCUCUCACCCUCCUACCUCUCAUCUCCCUCCCUACUCACUUACAUCCCCUCGUCACUCACUCCUCAUCUCCUCAUGAUUCAACCAUCAUCUCCCCCACCGUUUCCCCGCUCACCCCUUGACUUUCCCCCGUUUUCCCAAGCCUCCCCCCUCACUCCCGUGAAUUCUCUCCUGUUCACCCUUCAUCUCCCCCCUGCCUCCCUUCCCCCUUCCCCUCCAGCCUCCUAUCCUCCUGCACUCACCCUCAUUUCCUCUCUCACGCACACCUCAUCUUCCUACCCACUCACUCCUCACCUACCUUCCCCGCUCACCCAUCAUCUCUCUCGCCACUCCCCCGGUCAUUCCUCAUCUGCCCCACGUUCCUUCCCCCUUUCACCCCCGCCCCCCUCCCUUUCCCUUUUCCUUUGUCCCUCCUCCCAAGUUUUCAUGGACUUCUUGACACAUGGCUGCAUGUGA